AUGGAACGCGAUGACGCUCUCACGCGCAAUUGGCCGUGCCUCGCCGCCUGCCGCUUCCACCGCCGCGCGCCGCACUCUGGCCCGAAGCUCGCGCAUGCACGUCACUUUCGCUCCACCCCUUCUGCCUUCUUUGACGACUUCAACGAUACCGAGAGCUUCCUGCGCCAACUCCAAGGUGCGAAAAAGUUGAAAGACCAAAAGAAAGUCCAGGAAGCCCAGAAGAGAGCCCUGAAAGCCCAGAAGAGAGACCAGGAAGCCCCGAAGAGAAAGCCCCUGGAGGACCAGGCCCUUAAGAAUAAGCAAGCCAGGGAGAGGAGAGAGAAGGAAAAGAAAUGGGUGCAGGCGUGCCAAACCUCGCAACAACAGGUCCAGGACGCAGAAGCCAAGCUACAACUCUUGCAAAAUGAGCUCGAGGCCAUACCGCGCGAGUCAGCAAAGAUAGUGCGGCAGCGCAUCCAGGCACAGUGGAAACGCAUAGUCGAACAGAGCCGGCAAAGAACUAGGAAACAAACUGCCCGGUAUGGGUGCAUCAACGACGCCACCAUCGCCAUCCAGUCAAAAAUAGCUGCAAUCGUAGAUGACCGCAUAGAUAGGCUACGCAGCCGACUCGACAGCGUCAACAGAGCUAUCUUGGCCAUCCAGUCAAAAAUAGCUGCAAUCGUAAAUGACUGCAUGGAUAGGCUACGCAGCCGACUCGACGGCGUCGAAAGCGCUAUCUUGGACAUUCGGUCAGAGAUAUAUGCAAUCGGAACCCGCCGCAAGGCUGUCUUGCAGAGCCUAUGCUUGGAAAUAGAAACGAUGCUGCCGAGCACUUAUUGGCAACUGCGGUACGAAGCGGACGAUCUUGAGGAGGAAAUCAACAAGUGGCGGCCACAGCUCGCAGCCGCUGCCGCACAGAAGCGUCGCGAGGAACGUUCAAACAUCUAUGGCUGGAAAGCGAUAGGGAGGAGAACCGCGAGCGAGAUCUGGUCCACCUUAAGUGACCAUAUGGCGAAGCUCUUGCCAACAGUCCACUACAAGACGGAGCUCCUCGAAAGGAAACUAAGAGAACACAACCCUAUCUUGCUCUCAAGACGAAAUUUUGCUGCGAAGUGGCGAGAGAGAAUGAAUGAGUACGAAGAGCUCGGAGUCGAGGUGUCUGAUCAAAUACACAAGGUAGACGUCGCACUUGAGAGGCGAUAUUCGGGGAACAGCGAGAAGGUGCUCAAAAUCUGUGAUACGUUCGAGGAAGUCCGAGAGGUAAUGAUGCAUCUGGACCAAGACUUCUCGAAGAUGAGGCUCUAUUGGAAGACUCUCAAGGGAGAGAGAGACUGGAAGAUUUAUGCAGCAUACGGGCAGUAUACCCGGCACAUCUUGAAGGUGUACGACCGAAUUGCAGAGCUGAAUAUGGAGAUUUCCACUCUCAACAGAUAUAUCCAGCGAGAUAUCGACUACCUGGUCUACAGGGAUCAGUUCAUGGCACUUUUCAAGCGUCGAAACAGCGACCUUGAAGUCUUGCGGAACGCUUACAUAAUACAGCCUUUUGAAAUAUUCGGCAAGAGGCUCACGGGUUUCAACCGAGUCCGUAAGAGAAUGGAAGAUUGGUAUUGGGACAACCGUGGGAAAAUCAUCGAAGUGCUGGGCCAGACGGAAUGGAAGCGCCGAAGAGAACUGGUAACGAAAUUCAAACGCGCAGCUCAAGACUGGAACGACGUCCGAGACGAGGAGUUGUAUGAUUUGUAUAACGAGGUAAAGCGCGUCAGCGAACAGCUUCGAGGCCUAAAGCGACUUGAAGAAGGCCGCGAACGCAUCGAAACUUCCCUCACUGAGUCGUUCUUCCGGCAUUGCGAGGAUACAUCAUUCUUUGAUGAUCAGAAGCCAGGAGAUAUGGCUCCCACUGUUCUAUGGGCUUUCAUGAGAAUGUGGCCUGAAAGGUAUUUUGAAGCUGGUAUGAUUGGAUUGAAAGAGCAAAUGAGUGUUGCUCAAGAAAGACGCGACAAGGUGACUGUCCACCGCGUCAAGGGCGUUUUGAGCAAGGCAGAGAGACUCGCAGAGGAAAGGAGGCAUGAUCAGGACAAGCGGUUAAAGCUGGCUGGUGCUUACCGGGAACCACGCUACGACUUGGACAAGCAUGUGGUUGAGGACAAGGCCGCGGCGGAGAGGAGCAAUCAUGCAUAUUUCUCCUACGAGCUCUACCACGCAAAUUCGGAAAGGGUUCAAGACGAGCAGGAGCCCCUCCCUGGAUCUCCGGAGCUGCGCUAUCACGCAACCAAUGCAACGCAUUCUGACGUUCUCAGAGGGCUGGGGGGGAAGUUUGUAGGGUUUGAUCUAAGGUGGAAGCCAGUGGCCCGGGACGAGGACGGACCCAAAGCCAACACUUCGCUGUUGAUGAUCGCCACGGACUCGACCAUUCAUCUCCUCCACCUCGCACGGCAGAGGAAUGUACAGCCGCUGAUCACGGAAGAGAUCAAGAGGGUGCUCGAGUCCCCGGACAUUUUCAAGGUGACUGUCGGCUCCAAGGAGAAAUGCGCUCGUUUGCAGAAGUUCCUAGGCGUCAACCCGCGAGGCUUUAUCGAUUUAGAAGACCUACACUAUGACCUCCAGGCAAAGGCUGGGAGAACUGUGUCUCGCUCGCCGUUGACUCUUCAGGACCUGAUGUUUGAAUAUCUGGGUUAUGGUUUGCACCCAGAGGCAGCCGAUAUGACGGUCGAUCUGGCACUACGACUUCGGCGAACCGACCAAGUAGCCAUGGGAUCAAACGUGUACGCUUGCUUUGCACUGUGGCAUACCAUAUAUGCUGAGGGGCAGCAAAAGGCUGAGAAGGCGGCGCUGUUGGAUAGGCAGCGAAGUGCUGAGCAGAAGGCGCUAUGGGAGAGGCGGCGAAGUAUUUUUUCGUCCUUUUCGGAAGCUCCUGCGCCGAACAGCGCCAGGCGGUUGCCAGAUGGGCUAUCGGAAGAGGGCGCGGAUGACGCGGAUGACUUCUACACAGCUUCUAAGCCGACGGACUCCCAGACUACUUCGGCAUCGCCUUCCCUCACGGAUAUCUGGAAGAGCGCAACGGAAACGGAAAUGGAAAAGCCUGGACAGGAUGUCAUGGACGCGGCUACGAGCUGGGUUAAUAGCUUCCUAGGCAGCGAAGAGGUCAGUUCCUCAGAUGGGAGCUCACGUCGCCAUCAACUGCUCUCUUAUUGCCUGUGGCAUUACGGCGGGUUUGACGUGUUAGCCAUAGCCGGGAAUCUUUCCCCAGAGAUGGCGAACGCGCUUCCCACGGACAUUUUGGAAGCCAUUGACCGAGAUGGAGUGCCGUACGAUGAGAAAAGGGUAUCGGAACUGGUAGAAAUGCUGCCUGAGGAGGUAUUGUGGGCGGAGAAGUAUCGGAGAAUAGCCAGGGUGGUCGAAUUCAGGAGAAACGGGAGCAGCGCACAGCCGUUACCAUACGACGGAGCUGUUGAAGAGCUCCUCGGAGCUCUGAACAAGAAGUCGUCGGAUCAUGUCAAAAAUUUCGUGAGAGUGUCAAAUCUCACAAAGGAGAGUCACGCCGUGAUGGCGGCACCGGGGAGCCAGGCAGAAACGCACGACUCGAUGAGAGCAAUUGUCUUAGAGCAACGAUACGACGAGGCGCAAAAAUGGGCCAGAGCUCGGCUUGAUGAGCCUUGUGACAAGCACCGCUUUUAUCGCUACCUCCACUACCGCUUGUGGGAUCACUGGAACUUGUCCAUAGAUGCUAUCGGGACUAAGUAUGCAUCCGAGCGGCCGUCGAAGCUUAUUGCGCUAGACAUAGUCGGAGCAAUCAAAUACUACGGCAUGCCGCCCGGAAACGAGGAGAGGAUGGCGGAGUUGCGAAGGCUGCUGGCUGAAGACGCCGUCUUACCUGAAGUCUCUCCUUCGACGGACGGUGGAUCCGGCGACCCCAGAAGGCACUGGGCGGCGGCUGAGGAAUGGGCUCAGAAAUGGGCUAGAAGAGAUUCGGAGCGCGGAACGAUGUUCAGACACUACGAGUAUCCGCGACGGCUAUCAAUGCUCACUUGGUACCGACUGUGGCAGAACUACAACUAUUCCGUCGCGGCUCUGCGAAAGGCGGUCUUUCCCACCGACUUCGCGCCGGCUCUCAAGGAGGCGACAAUCGCGAAUCAGAUAUUGGUUGUGCUCUCGACAUGGCCAACGAUGGAUUACGAGGCUCCGAGACUCAAGGAGCUGAUGGGGUUGCUGCCGGAGGAGGUGGUGCAGACGAGCUUCCAAGAACUGGCAAAGCGGACAGGUUUCAAUAUCAGCGCUGGUGCGCAGGGCGCGGUGCCGGUGCCCAUGAAGGCGGACAGAGCUCCCAAGCAACUACGGAAGGCAAGAUCGAGUACGAUGGACGCGGCAGCGCUGAUGAGGAUGUCAUACGUUGGGAAUUACGAGGAGCCGGCAAAGGAACAGGCAGGAAACAAGGGGAUUGAGACGUCAGAAGGGAACAUUAAUGCUGCUCGUCGGACUCAUCUUCGACGGGACAAGAGGUCAACAAAGGAAGAGACAGGCAACGAGAAAGAGAGUAGGGCUUCUGCUCGCCAGGCCUCUUACCCACCAACUCGUUUCCGACGGGCUGGCACUUUACGGUCCAGACGUCAGUAA